CUUUGGUGCUUGGGGGGCAGCGGGGGGACGGGGGAGCUGGGGGCAGCGGGGGAUGCUCCUGCCGGGAUGACCCCGCGGUUCUGGGAGCGGGGUCCCUGUGGGAGAUGGGGGAGCGCCGCACGCUUUGGGUCUGCGGGGUCGGUGGCAGAUGCGCGGGGGCGAUUUGGGAUCCGCAGCCGCUCGGAGCAUGUUCCCCUGGCCGGUGUUCUGCGGUGAGGUGCAGAAGCGUCUCCUCGCUGCUCCCAGCCGGCCUUUCAACAGGUUAAUUAUUUCAUUAAGGCAAAUGUCUGGAAUUAGCAGGAGUUAGCUACUGGGCUCUGCCUACACCGUCUGUCUCGUGUGCCAGCCGCCGGAUAGACGUCGGCGGGGCGAGCUCUGGAAACUCCUUUGCACGGGCAGGUAGAAGGAAGUGGUGCUGCACCCGCUGCGGCUGCAGCCAUCGCCCCGCGCGCCGGCACUGCGUGGGGACAGCGGACACCGCAGAGCGGAGCCCUGGUGACACGGGGGUGGUCAUCCUGCACCCCAACCGGCACCGGGACAGCUCGGGCAGACAGGCGUGGGAGAGGAGGAGGAGGAGGAUGAUGAUGCUCCUGCUGUGGCUGCCUGCAGGUGCAAUGGGCCGCGCUGCGGAGGGAGGUGCCGAGGAGCUGCCUCUGGCCAGUGCUGCUGCGAUGCUCUGAGUGCCAGGUCUCCUGUUGCCUUGGCUUUUUCUGCUGCAGGGUGUCCCUGGGUCGCUGUGCCGGGAGCAGGACAGAGCAGGGCACGGGCAGCCGCGACGGUGCGGUGAAGCGCUGGCGUCCUGCGGGUGCUUCCUGGAAAGUCUGGCUGUGUGGCUGCACACGAGGCCUUUGAGCCAGCGGUGACCGCAGAGAGGGGCUCGGGUGCCGUUUGGACGGUGCCCUGCACCUUCUGCCUCUCCCUGGGGAGCGCUCACCUGUAUCUCGGGAGGCAGGUGAGAGGGGUGAUGCGAGAAGGAGCCCGGCAUGCCGUACUUGGAUCGACAGAACCGUAUCUGCGGGUUCCUGGACAUUGAAGAAAAUGAGACCUGCGGCAAGUUUCUGCGGAGGUAUUUCAUCCUGGACACCCAGGCCAACUGCCUCCUGUGGUACAUGGACAACCCCCAGAACCUGGCCAUCGGUGCGGGAGCUGUGGGAUCUCUGCAGCUGACCUACAUCUCCAAGGUUAGCAUCGCCACCCCAAAACAGAAGCCGAAAACCCCGUUCUGCUUUGUUAUCAAUGCUCUGUCUCAGCGCUAUUUCUUACAAGCCAGCGAUCAGAAGGACCUGCAGGACUGGGUGGAGGCGCUGAACCGGGCCAGUAAGAUCACGGUGCCAAAGGGUGGCAGCGUCCCACCGGCCGCGGAGAUCGCAAAGCCUCCGGUGGUGCCCCAGGCCCAGGAGAGGAAGCCCCAGGUGGCCUAUAAAACCGAGAUCAUCGGGGGGGUGGUGGUCCACACGCCCAUCUCCAUCAACCAGAACGGGGGGGACGGAGGGGAGGGCAGCGACGUGGCCGCCCACCCGCUGCUGCGGCGCUCACAGAGCUACAUCCCCACCUCGGCUGCCAAGCCGCCUGCCGGGCCACCUGUCCUCAAGAGUGGCUACUGCGUGAAGCAGGGGAACGUGAGGAAGAGCUGGAAGCGCCGGUACUUCGUUCUGGACGAGUUUUCCAUCAGUUACUACAAGUGCGAGCAGGACAAGGAGCCCCUGCGUUCGAUUCUCCUGAGGGACGUCUGCAAGACCCACGAGUGCCUGGUCAAGUCUGGCGACCUCCUGAUGCGGGACAACCUCUUUGAAAUCAUAACGAGCUCCAGAACCUUCUACAUCCAGGCAGACAGCCCCGAGGACAUGCGCAGCUGGAUCCGGGCCAUCACGGGGGCAGUCCAGGCCCUGAAAACCCGCCCCAGGGAAAUCUCCUUCAUGAGAUCCUCCUCCGUGGUGAAGCCGGGGGGCUCGGCAGCCCCCUCCCAGCCGAGGCACGGGGAAGAGAGGCGAGCGCUCUGCAAAGCCCCCUCCACCUCCUCCUGGCAGCCCUGGACGCCGGUGCCGCCGGCGGAGGGCAAGCAGCCGGCGCCGGAGGAGUCGCCCGCGCCGCUGAGGGACUCGCUGUUCCUGCCGGCCUUCGCCGAGCGCGACGCCGGAGCUGCGCCGGGCAAGCGCCUGCGGCACAAGUCGGAGCCGCAGCAUCUCAAGGAGAAGCCGUUCGCCUUCGACCUGGACGAUGAAAGCAUCCGGACCUCCGACGUCUGACGGGGCGUCCAGCCACCCCCCCGGGCUUCGCUUGCCGCCUCCCCGGCUGCCGGGGUCCCCGCGGGGCGGUUCAGGGCGCACAGCUGUGCCAGCGCCGGGACUGGUCUCUGUGCAUCCGCUCAGCGCCUUGGACCGAGCUCUCCCCGUCGUCUCGGUGGGGGCGAAGCAGCCCCUUCCCUCCACCGCUGCUCUCCCCUGCGAUACAGGCUCCGGCGGGACCCGCGUCCCGGUGCCCAGCUCUGCCGGGGAGCGCGGUCCCUGCCCGCUCCUGCCUGCGCUUUGCCCCGGGCGCUCCAUGUCUCGGAAGCCGCCUCCGGGCAGGGCAACCUGGAUGAGGGGCAUCCUCUGCUGCAACCCCAUCCUUUCUCCCCAAAACAAGCCUGGAGCAAGCGGCAGGAGGUCUCAGGGGUGUGAAGGGGAACGUGGCCUUUCUUGUGUUGGGAAAAACAUUUUUCUCCCCUUUCCUGCUGCUCAGCCUUCCCCCCGUGGCUGGGCAGAGCCGGGGGGACACCAGCCUGCGGCCGCCUGCGCAAGGGACACGCUGCAGCUUCCCCUUUUGAUGACUUUUUUUCCCCAGGAGACCAGUUCUUUACACUGCCCGACUAAUGGUGUGUCAACACAUCUGCUGGCUUUUAGUUACGUCUUUUUAUAUCCGUGGCCACUGUUAAACCCCGGCACUGGCAGGGUCCCCCCGAAAGGCUCACCAGUACCUCCCGAGAGGGAGCCGGAGUGACGGCAGCUCCUGGGGCCGGGAGCAUCCUCAGGCACGGCGUGGGGUUUGCACUGCGUACACCUGGGCAGCAGGAAGGCGUUCCCCGGGUGGGGAAGUGCUUUCAGCAAAAAGCACCAAAAAGCCGAGCGCUUACUGAAACCGGGAAGACUCGUUGAGCCAAGGCGCCUGCUGCCCGCCCUGAAGUGAAAACGAGCAGAGGUGUUUAGAGCGGUGUGAACUCCUCGUCCCCGUAACCAAACCAGCCCCUCUCGGAGGUGUGAUAAAUGGCGUGUAGAGAAUUCAGGUGUUCCCGGCUCUGCGGUGCCCGAGCGCGUGUCGCGAGCAGGAGCAGUGCCCUGCCUGGCACCGCAGCUCCGGGCACGGCUGCAGCGGCGCCAGGGAUGCACCGGGGCACGGGGGGCUUUAAAUGCGCUUGCCUUGGCCCGGCUGCACGGCCGUGUCCCGGGUCAGACACGGGCACGCUCUUUCCCAUCUCGGAUAAACUCCAGCUGAUCAAUCCGGGUGACCGGUGCGGGAAUUCCAUUGCAAACAGCAGUGUGCGCAGCGGUUGAGGCUUCCCUCUAUUGUGGACUCGUCACCUUUUAUUCUUGUUUGUUUGUUUGUUUUCUUUCUUUUUUUUCUUUUUUUUUUUUUUCUUUUUUUGGCAUUACGUGUUCUCAGCUCUGCAAAAUCAGCUCAACGUGCUCCCCAGAAGCAAGCAAAAAAAAAUCUGGUUUGUCCCUGCCCUUUCCAGGUCUCCAGCUGUUUGGCAGCUGUGCUCCAGCCUGGGACGCAGCCGAGCUCCAUCGGUUUUGCUCCGAGGCGCUGAUUAGCCCGAUGGAUCUCAACGAGAUGAGAAUUGCACCUUCCUACAGGGAUGAUGCCCCCCCCCAGCCCCGUGCCGGGGCCGGCAGCCGGGGGAGCCUCGGUGCAGCUGGGGGGGGACGGGGCCUCCCAAACUGGGGGUACGGAUGGCUCAGAGGGGGAUGGAGAUGCUGGAGAACACUGAAACUAUGAAAAGGAGCAGGGAUCAAUGCAAACGGUACAGGGCGAGUGUUAAUAUUUGUUAUUUAAUUGUAGAAACCUAGAUCAUGCUCUUCCUCCUUCUUCUCCUUUUCGCUUUAUUUGCACUAGCGUGUGAGAUUUUCCUUUUUUUAGGCUGACUUGCUCUUUGGCUCAUAAAAUGGCGUUUCAGAACGGUUUUAGUAACUCGGUACGCCUGUCGGUCACAGAGUCACAGCGUUGGGUGACAGCGCUCUGACCUCGUUUCUGGAGAACGUGGAAUGCAGAGGGACGAUGGUUACUUUGCGCGAGGCGCCCAAACCACCGCGCGCCGAGUCUUCGUGUUGCUUGAGAACUGCAAAGUUUCCUCGGGCCUGGGAUGGUAAAGCAGGAGCUUGUUGCACAAUUAGGGUUAAUUAUCCAGGAGGAGAAACCACCAGCGGCUCCAGCGCUCUUGCGACAUUCCCGGUUCUCAUUCCUGGUUCUCAUUCCCACCCUCCUGCGUCCCCAGGGCGGUGCAAAGGCUGGAUGUGAGAUGGAAACCGGCACGUUCCGCGUGGGGCCGGGCUCCAGCCCCGUCCGUAACGCGGGUGGUGUCGCGGGGGGGGAUUCGCAUCCCGUCCCCAGGGAGCGGGCAGAUGCAGCCAGGCCCCGGUGGGGCGCUGCCGCUGGUGUCCCCUCACCCCUGCCUGGGCGUGAAGGCGUCCCCCGGAGCUGCUCCCGUUUGGGGAUGCAGCGUGCGUGCUGGGGGUUCCCCGCUUCCCGAGGGAUGCGUGAUGGUCGAGGGAGCCUUGUGCGGACGGAUGGGUGGGAGAGACGGGUUUGCUCUUUCCUAUGAAGACUCCCAAGCGGUUUCAGCCGUCGCGGCGAGCGCUGGCUGGGGGUCUCAAGUGCUCUUAGGGCCAGGGUGCCUCGCGCGGGCCAUGCUCCGUGACUCCCGUGGUGUCGGUUACCCCCCUCCUGCCCCUCGCCUCUCAAUGUGGGAGACAGAACCCCUUUUUUUCCCUGUGUUUUUAAAUAAAGAAGGAAGUCCC